GCGCUCCUCGUUUUCAUCUCUCAUUCGCAUUUCAAUUCUCGUUGCGAGCGGACGUCUUUGAUUGUGGCUGCGCAGUUCCAAUCAAUCAAAUCGUUAUCUGAAAUUCAUUUAAAUUAAUGAAAAAUAUAUAAAAUUGUGCCAAAAAAAAAGAAGUAAAUACUCAAGAGGAAAUCCAAUUCUAUGAAUAAUCUAAAUAAAUCAAAUGCAACAAAUGCGACGUGUUCAAAUCGAGUGUUAAACAUAGUGAAAUAAUUCGUCGAGUGACUACCCCUAUUUACAGAGCGUCGUAGACUACCCCUAGUAGUAAACGCAUAAUUUGUUAGUGUCAUUUAUACGGGGCAGCUGUGCAUAUAAUUUGCGACGCAACUGUAAACACAAAAAGCCGUCAAACUGUGGGGCUCCGGGGCAUAUUUUCUUUCUCCGCAAGGAAUGUAUUAUCCGCACAUGGUGCCAGCCGGCGUGGCGCCUUUUGCGGGCGCACCAGCUGGCUUUGCCGCCGCUCCUGGACCGGCGGCUGCGGCCGCUGCAGCCGCUGCCGCUGCUGGUGCGUCCACAGCGGCAGAGAGUUUGUCCCUGGCCGUGACAGCAGCCGCGAUCAAAAGUGAGCAGCCGGGAAUGCAGCUAAAGGCAGCCGGUGAAUCCUCAGCAGCUGGCAAUGGCAACACAGGAGCCGCAGGAGCGGCACCAGCAACAGUGGCAGUUGCCACCAGCGUUGCCGAUGGCGUUGUUGUUAACACACCGUUGUAUAUGCAACAAAAGACAAAUCUGUCAACACAACAACAACAGCAACAACAAGCAACACAACAGACACAGUACAAUGGCAGCAUCAGCAAUGGGACCGCUGCCUGCGUGCCAGCAACAACUGCCACGACGUUGGUCACGCAACAACAGCAGCAGCAUCAGCAACAACAACAACAACAGCAGCAGCAGCAGCAACUACCCGCAUCUCUGACAAAUGGACACACCAUGGAGCAACUGCAGCAGCAGCAGCAACAACAACAGCAGCUACCGCAUACCCCACAGAAUGUGCUCAGCAUUUCCACAGUAUUGAUUGCCAAUGAGGCAGCCGAGCCACAGCAGAACUCAGCGUUGCCACAUGCUGCCGGCGGCGCUGGGGGAGGUACUGCCGGAGGUGGUGGUGGAAGUAUUGGUACACCAAGCUCACCGCUCAGCAGCUCACCGUCCAGCGUUACAGUUGCCACAACAGCAGCAGCAACCACACUCAAUGGCAAUAGCAACAGCAACAUGGCCACUGAUGGCAAUAUAUCGGGCAACACAUCACCAAUUGCUAGCGGAGAGCCGCUGCUACAAACACCACCAGCCCUACAACAACAACAGCAACAACAACAACAGCAGCAACAACAGCAACAAUCGCUGAUUAUAUGCAGCAGUCCGACAGCAGCAACUUCAGUGACCGCCAGCUCGAUAGCAACGGGAGCCUUGGCAGCCACCAGCAGCAGCAACAUCUCGACAGGAUUACUGCCCACAGUCGGACUGGACAGCAAUGCCAAUUGUGGUGUGCCAGCGAGCACAUCCCAAGUGCUGGCGCAUCUAAAUGCCGCCGCAGCGGCGGCAAGUGGCAUUAUGACCGCCUCGGUGCAAUCACCGAAUGUUGUAACUAGUCUGAGUAGCGCUCUAGUCCCGGCUCAGCCGGUCGCCUCCUCAGUGGCAGCUGCACUCGCCGCUGCUUCAGCCUCAUCGUUGGAUGCCAAAAGUCAGCCGAAGCGUUUGCACGUCUCCAAUAUACCGUUUCGCUUCAGGGAUCCCGAUUUGCGCGCCAUGUUUGGGCAAUUUGGCACCAUUUUGGACGUGGAAAUCAUUUUCAAUGAACGCGGCAGCAAGGGAUUCGGUUUUGUAACAUUCGCUAACAGCAACGAUGCAGAACGAGCACGCGAUCGUCUACACGGCACCGUGGUUGAGGGACGCAAAAUCGAGGUGAAUAACGCCACUGCACGUGUACAAACCAAAAAAGUGACAGCAGUACCCAACGUUGUACUGACCAAAGACGGUGCCAUACCGGCUCCAGCUCUAGUUUGUGUACAAUGGCCGGAAGGCCACUGCUCCGCUGUUAAAGACACCCCUGUCUCAGGCCCAGCAGUAGGCGUAUGCCACGGCGGCCACCACCUACACGGCGGUUGCUGCCCGGGCCGCCUAUGGCGCCGCUGCAGCUGCAGCCGCCCAACCGGCACUCGCUGGUUAUGCCACCGUAGCGGGUUAUGCGCGCGAAUAUGCGGAUCCUUAUCUAGGACAUGGAAUUGGACCCGUUCCCGGCUAUGGGGCAACUAUGUAUCGCGGUGGAUUCAACCGUUUUACGCCAUAUUAGAAAGCUACACAAGUCAGCCAAAUAAUGCAAUUGGACUACUCUCGAAAAUGCUCAAUGUAUGAACAAAAAUUAGACGUAAAUACUCGUACUCCUCCUCUACAGUGCAGUAAGUAGCAGUUAACUCUAAACCGAUAGAUGCAGAUACUCAAUCCACACUGAACAGACGCUCAAAGAUGAACAAAAACAAAUUGAUACCCAUACUCAAUAUGGAGAGUUAUAAAUCAAAGCUAAAUUUAGACA